AUAUCGCGUCAAUGUACUCUGAACUGUACAUGAAAGCAUGUUUACAACCAUGGUUAUAUGACGUUCAAUUUAACGUAUGAGGAUAUGAUAACAAGUGAUAAACUGUUUAAGUAGAACUGAUAAUUGUGUCGCAAAAUCAGACUCUCUUUUCUCGUGGCUAGACUUACCCCUAUUUCAACCGAAGUUCAAGUUCACUGAAUAAUUUAUCGAACGGCUAUCUCAUCUGAUUGUUCGUGUUUGGUGUUGCAGUAGGCUGCGGAUGUCGUGUACGUUUUCCUGGAUAUAAAGAACAUGUCGUUAGAAGGAUUUGAUGAGAGUUUGGCGGGGAAAUGGUUGCUGGUGAAAAACGAAGGGUUUGACGAAUACUUAGCAGCGAUGGGUGUCGGUUACAUCAAACGGAAGCUCGCCCUUUCGUUCAACACUACGAUGGAGAUGAUCAAGAUCAACGAUAAUCAAGUCAGGAUCAUCACUAAGAGUGCUAAAAACAUGGACACGACCAUCACCAUUGACAACGAGGUUGACGAAGUGGAUCCAUUCGAUAAUAAAAUACGGGUCAAGGUAACGUGGGAUUCAACCCUCAAGAAGAUGCGCACCGAAUCAUUUCCGGCGGAAGGUUCCAAUGCAAAACAUUCAGUAGUGGAGCGAUACAUAUUACCAGAUGGUCAAUUGCUAAUGGAAGUGACGUUGCCAAACGACAAUCUCGUCUGUAAACGAUAUUUCCAGAGACAGGACUCAUAAUCAAUUAAAACCUAGUCGAAGACUUGUGUUCUAGUUGUAUAACAAUUUAUUUGAUUAAACAUCUUAGUUGGCGUAUAAUGUUGUUUUGUACAUGUCAGUGUUUAGUAUGUUUGAAGGUCGAGUUUAAUAACAUACAUGUAAAUUGCAGAACACAAAAGGGCUUAACCCAUGUGGUAUCAGUAGCUAAGAAAUCUUAUUGAACGGUUACAUUUUUCUUCUGACGGGACGUUUUACCCUGUUUACCAACCAUGUUAUAUGUUAAUUAUUGUAUAAAACAUAUUUUAUUUUAAAAAUAAACACGUUAAUUGGU